UGUGUGGGUGAUCAUCCACAGCGGUUUAUACCACAGUCAGGGAGACCUGAGACUUGUUGCCCUUUUAACCAAACCGGCAUCUCCAAUGGCUUGGGGUGUCUUCCUUUCCAGGCUGUUUUUCGUACUGCUUUCCAGCUUGCCUUCAGCAACAGACGGAGGUGUUAAGGCCAAGGAUCCAUGGCUCUUGCAACCCCAGUGGUCUGUUACGGUUGUCAUAGGAGAAGACCUUCGUCUGGAGUGUGAAGUGCCAGAUAAGCUUCCACCUGGUCCUGUGAAAUGGUUCUUGGGUGAAGGUCCUCAGCGGAAACUCAUCUAUGCAGAUGCCCAGACCGAUGAAAAGGAUGAAAGAAUAACAAGACGUUCUCCAAAUUCCAACACGGAUUUUACCAUCUUCAUCCGCAACGUUAGUCUGGAAGACACCGGGACUUACUACUGCGUGAAGAAGAAGCAAGACGGGUCGGGAACUAAGGAUUGGCUUAAAGGACAUGGGACUCAGGUGGUUGUGAAAGCUUCUAGAGAUUAUAACUGGAUCAUCCCAAUUGCUGCUGGGGUGUCUGGUUUCAUCCUGGUCAUUUUGCUCUUCACGGUGCUUUAUUUCUACUUGAAGAAGAAAAGAGGUCUAAGGAGCAGCACUAUAAGGUCUGACACCUCUUUACCACAAAAACAACCACCUUCUAAGCAGACUUCUGGGGAUAAAGAGAUUGUCUACGCUGACCUGAAGGACCCAAGAGGAUCGCGGAUUCCGAGGAAAAUCGAUCUGGAACGGCACUCGGAAUAUGCCACCAUUAAGGGACCACCAACUGGGGCUGCAGACAACGGGGCUUUUCACAGCCUGAGUCUUUGAACAUCAGACACGAAGCAGAAAUGGAGACGAGGUCUCGGCUGUUUCACACACAGAGCCGCAAACAUCGUUCGACAUUUUGCAUUUCUGAACCAAACGCAAACAGAACUUCGGAGUUUCGCUUGAUUCUGGACACUGAUGCUUGCCUGCCGUAAAGCAGGCACAUCAAAACGGCCUUAGAAAAAUACUGUAUGCCUAUAAAAUACAAAAAGAUGCAAAAUAUAAUGGACUAAAACAUACGAAGAACGUUUGCAGGAAUAGGGCAUGUCGGAUUUAAUGGAAAGAAGGUCCAGGAGUGACAUGAUAGCAGUCUUCCAAUAUUUGAGGGGCUGCCACAAAGAAGAAGGGGGGGGGGUGUCAACUUAUUUUCCAAAGCACCUGAAGAUAGGAUAACAAGCGACGGAUGGAAAAUAAUGAAAGAAAGAACCAACUUGGAAUUAAGAAAAAAAUUCCUGACAGCUAGAACAAUUAACCAGUGGAACAAACUGCCUCCAGAAGCGGUGAAUGUUCCAACACUGGAAGUUUUUUAAGAAGAGACUGGACAGCCGUUGGUCUGAAAUGGUACAGGGUUUCCUGCCUGAGCAGAGGGUUGGACUAGAUGAUCUCCAAGGUCCUUUCCAACUCAGUUGUUCUGUUAUCUGUUAAAGGGCACUGUUAUAGUUGGCAUAAAUUUGGGGGUGGGUGGGAAUUGAAAAAGGGUGCAAUAUAUUUAUUGGCAGAAAUAUAUACCAAAGCAUAGCCCAAUCUUAACAGGGCUAUAUAUUUCCACUUCCCAGAAAGUCCUCGACUUACGACAGUUGGGGCCAGACUCCCUGUUGCUAAGCAAGGCGGCUAUAGAGUUAAGAGUUGCCUUUGGCGAGAUGGGUGGCGUAGAGGUUUGACAAAUAAACGAACAAAGAAACAAAUAAGUCAUACCCAAUUUUCCUACCUUUCAGCCAGGGAGAUCACUGCAGUUGUUAAGUGAAUCACAUGGUCAUUAAGCAAAUCCUUCUUCCCCCCCCCCAGUGACUUUGCUCGUGGGAAGCCAGCUGAGAAGGUCUGAAGUGGUGAUCCCGUGAUUCCAGGACGCUGCCACCCGUCACAAAAUACAACUUGCUUGCCGAGUCCUUGAACUUGGAUCACAUAAUAGUGGGGAAGGCGGCAAGGGUCGUAAGUACGAGGAGUGGUCGUAACUCCCUUUCGUGCCGUCGAAAGCUUUGAAUGGUCACUAAAUGAACGGUCGUAAGUGGAGGAUGACGAGUAGGUGGAUACGUUGCUGAAGUCACUGGACAGACUUGGCGACGCUUUGAAAAGAUGCUCAGAAUUUAAUAAACAAAAGUUUAUCUCUGCCCGCUUGCGAAGCAGAGAUAAACAGAAAUUGCUCGUCAUUUCUUGACGAAAAAGCUCCUGCUCAUUAUAAAAAGCCGUGAACUCCAGGAAAGUUUCCUUCCAUCACUUCUUCUUUUCAUGUUUUCCUGCUACACGGCUGCUUUCCAUUUUCCGUUGAAUGGGAAAAUCUCAAAAGACGAGAGAAGGAAAGGAUGUGGUAAGGUGUGAAUGCUGUUUUUUUUCCUCUCUUUUGCCCGGAGGCUGUUUUUUACCACUCAGAUAUUACAUGGCAAGCGAGCCACUUAUGGAACAGCCCUGCUGGAUGGAUUAUGUUUAGAUACUAAAAGCAAGCAUCUGCAGUAAAUACACAGAGAGAUUGACCAGCUGAGUAACGCAGUCCUAGGCUGCAUUAACUGAGGGACAGAGUCAAGAUCAAGGAAAGAAGCAACCUAGAAUUAAGGAGAAACUUCCUGACAGUGAGGACAAUUAACC